UAUGAGACAGGAAGGUCCGAGGUCUCUAAGUCCUCCCCUGUUUGGAGGUGGUACACUCCAGUCUGCUGCUCUCGCUGCCUCGGUCGUGAACGGAGAAUGAGGACAGAAACGGACCGAGACAAGACGGCGGAUGAGCUACCAGUGAAUUCACGUUAAUUUGCUUUUCUUCGGACAAUGAGGGUUUUGUCGAGCCACUGGAUUCCCUUCAUACUUGUUUCACUGUUGAGCUGCGAAGGUGUUCAGGUGACGGUGAAGGAUGAGAGGAAGUUUGCCAUGCUGUUCUCCUCCGUAGUCCUGCCGUGCCAGUACACCACCCACUCCACCCAGAUCCCAGUGGUGCAGUGGUGGUAUAAGUCUUACUGUACAGACCGCACCCGCGACUCCUUCACCUUCCCUGAGAGACUGGGGGUCCAAGGCUCUGAGCUGGGAAACACAGCCCAUCUGGACUGCUCCGACAACAGUCGUACCGUCCGUAUUGUGGCCUCUGGACAGGGAGCCUCUUUGACCCUUGCAGAGCACUAUAAAGGCAGAGAUAUCUCCAUUAUCAACAAAGGAGACUUGCGCAUUGGAGAGCUGCAGUGGGGGGAUAGCGGCGUGUAUUUCUGUAAGGUCAUCAUCGCUGAUGAUCUGGAGGGCAAGAAUGAAGGCCAGGUGGAGCUGCUGGUGCUGGGUAAGACAGGUGUGCUGGACGAUGUCCUGCCUGAGUUUGAGCUGGAGAUUAUGCCAGAGUGGGUGUUUGUGGGGUCAGUAGUACUGGGUAGUGUUUUGUUCCUGCUGUUGGUGGGGGUUUGCUGGUGUCAGUGCUGUCCCCACUCCUGCUGCUGUUACCUGCGUUGUUGCUGCUGUCCUGAUACCUGCUGCUGCCCAAAGCACUUAUACGAAGCAGGGAAGAUGGCUAAGAGUGGACAGCCUCCGCAGAUUGCCCUGUAUUCUCCAUAUUACAUUCCUGCUCCAGUGGUUUCUCAACCAGCACCAGCUCUCAUUGACCCCAAGCUGACUGCAGAGCCCCCCUCGGUGGAGAACAAUAUUGCUGGAGUGCGCAGUGGCUAUCGUCUCCAGGCAAGUCAGGGUCAGGACGCUAUGAAAGUUGUGUACUACAUAGAGAGGGACCUGGCACAGUUCCAGACGGCCAAGCCGGCCGGCCAUCCAUCUGGCAGUAUGUCAGAGCUGAGCUCCCUGCAUGAUGGUGAUAUAGACUUCAGGCAGACCUACCGGCAGGUUCAGAAGAAAGCACUGCCACCUAUCAGUGACCACGACGACACACACCUUCGCACGAUGUCGACAGGUCAUGCGCUCCGGCCCACACACUAUCAGAGCAAUCGCACCUUGGAGCAACAUGACAGCAGGUGGAACUGCCGGUCGGAGCAUUUGCCCAGGAAAGCGUUUGACAGCAGGGGCCGCACUGUCUCUCUGGAUGAGCUAGAGGAGUUUGCGAGGAACUACGGCCCCCGCGCAUGUCGCAGGGCCGACUUCCGUGACCAUGAACGAGAUUUCGACAUGGAGCUCAGGUCCCGUGACAUGCCCUCUCCAUACCGGGACGGUCCACGUCGCUUCCGUGAUGAUGAUGACGAUGAUGACUGGCGGCGCCGCAGCCCCCCUCCUUCUCCACGGAAGAGGCGGGACACCAGUGACAGCGAACGUUACGCCACUCGUAGACAGUCAUAUGAUGAUGCCUACCUGUCCUCUGUGUUGGAACGAAAGGCCAGGGGGCGGGGGGAGCGGGGUGGGCGGGCCGACGAGGACAGUGACACACCCUCGAAGGGCAGCUCUAAGAAGAGCAGUGACUGUUACUACAGCCGGUCGCCGAGCAACCGCCCUGAUGAGGAUGACCCUCUGCCUCCAUACUGCGAGGUGGAGCGAUAUCGGACUGAGCAGCCUGUGGAACGGGAGCGAUAUAGGACUGUAGACACUGAGGUGCGGCCCUUCUCUUACACUCGUCCUGGUCAAAGCAUGUCCCACACUCUGCAGGAGCGCAGAGAGGAGAGGGACAAACCCAGGAAACUGACCAGUCAUCUAAGCAGAGACUCCCUCAUUGUUUGAAGUCACUCAAGAGGUGUUCACCAUGCUGAUCAGACUGGACUGGCAUCAUACUAUUAACAAGGCAGCAUGCAUCAAUCUGCAGAACACUCCUUGUGAAAUAAUAACACUGGAGCCUGUUGUGUAUUAUGAAGAGGAAUUCACAGAGAAAAAAAUCUUACAUUUGUUUAUUUGUGUUUAUGUCUGUGUUUGUGUGGGUGUAAACUACCGCAUAUUUAGGGGUCUGUCUCACAAAGCACGUUCAGUUUAAAGAGGGUUCCUGACUACUGGAUUCAGCUUCACAAAACCAAACAAAUGUAGCCACAGAUAACCUGUUUUUUCAAUGCCAGUUUACAAAUUUCUCUGUUGUCCCAGCUAUGAUUAAUGCCUAUGCAGAUACAUGUCAAGCGUGAUGUCUACGAAUGAAACAUGCGGAGUCCAGCAGCUUAAUUUUCAAAGCUCAAAAAAGAAAUCACACUGUGUGAAUAUGUAGAAAGUAAAGCAUUUAUAGUGGUACAAAUGUUUUUGCUGUUGCCAUUAGUGCAGGCCACUCCCCUUAAAAUAAUGACUUAUUUUCUUAAAAUUUCAUUAUUUCAUACAACGUUGAAGAAAGUUAUUAAAUUUGGAGACCAUAAGCAAUUAUUUUGGAAUAGUCAGCAAUUUGAGAAAAUUAGCCAUCAUUUUGACAGUCAAUAUUUUGAGAAAAUAAGUCAUUAUUUCAAGAUAUUAAGUCGAUAUUUAUAGAAAAUGUCAGUUUGAGAUACUAAAUCAAUAUUUUGGGAUGAUAAGGCAGUAUUUUGAGUCAGUAUUUUGAGAAAAUAAAGCCAUGUUUCCAGAUACUAAGUCAAUAUUUAAAAAAAUAAGUCAAUAUUUCGAGAUCCAAAUACAAUAUUUUAUGAACAUAAAUCAUUUCAAGAUAUUAAGUCAACAAUUUGACAUACUGCUGCCAGAAACAGAGAAGGGAAUAGGUGAUUUAUUUUCUCUUGUAUCUGCCAUCAAUGGGCUUCCAUGACAAAUGUCACUAUGAAAAAAGGGACCUGAAAAGGCCCUGAUUGGUCCAAUAGCUGUUUAUAUCUGAAAUCUUGUAUUAAACCUGCUCUGGAGCACGAUAGGUGUACUAAGACAAUAUUUUUUUAAAAAAAGACACAAAGUUGACAAGGUGAUGUAUCCCAGUAGAAAGUGAUCCACUGUUGUGAGACAGAAAUCCAGGAUUAGAUGGAACUAAGCUUAAAGUGAUCUGGCUAAGCUUUGUGAGACAGACACCAGAUCGCCCAUCUGUGCUUGUGUCUGUUUUGGUGUCUUCCAAGCCAUCAGUUCACUCAUUCAUCUCUUCUCGGGACAUAUCAGUGUUUGUGUCUCAUGAACCUUGACUGGAGGACGCAGGGGACCCUCCCUCAGCUCAGUCUACAAGUGCACAAAACCACGUAAAUUGAAAAUGCCUCAUAAUGCCUCUGUGUUUUAAUUCCAUUCAAGAGCCUUGAUAUUUUGUUUGGGUUAAGUACUGUAUUUGAAUACUGUUUAUUUGCUUUGUAUUAUUCUUUUUUAUGUUUGCACUAGUGAGUCUGUAUUUCUUUGUUAAUCAGCUGGUCUGUAUGGGCAGCACUGAGUGAUUGUGGUUUUGAUAAAGUGCCAUGGAGUAUUUCAUUUGUUUAAAGUAAUGAUUGUUUUGAUAUAAACACUUUCUGUCUAUUUAA